AUGAAGCUCCCUUUCAAUAUAAUUUUAAGGCCUGUAUUAAAAACUUAUUUUAAAAGUUCGAAGGUUUUUUGUCAACAUUAUACAUUUGCUGCUAGUGUUCCCUAUACAUAUAUCUAUAGUGCUCUUGGGUUGUUCAUUAAUGUUCACCACUUAAAGAAACAUCUCGGUGAGAUACCAUUGAUCGAUCAAGUUUCAAAAGAAUCAAACAAAAUUUAUAGGAAUGAAAUGCUUGUGCAUGAUUUGAAAAUUAUAGCAAUAUCUAUGGGUUUAGUUCAGUAUUCGUGUCUACUGUUUGGAUGUUACACAAAUGAUUCGGGGCGUUGCGAGAGUACUGGCAUCCGAGUAAAACUGCGAGCUCUGUUGGUAGCUCUUUUAGGAGUGUCGAUGUCAGCUUGCGCGUUUGCCUCGCAGCCUGUUGAACUGGAACUAGACGAUGAUGAAGUUAAUCAAAGGCUUAAUAAUGUUAGCUUUGCUAGACGUAUUACAAAACCUACAAUUCGCCUCGUGAUGGGUUACGGAAAACUUAGCGCGUUCGUGACAGCUUGCACUUCUCUAUUGCUACUCAUCGCUGUCAUGUCCAAGCAAUCCUGGUGGCGACGUGGUGCCAGAUGGUUAGCGGCUCCUGCAUUGCUGGUUGCCGCACUAGAAGCGGCAUCAGAUGCUAGCGAUGCAUUGUUAGCUGCAGUGUUGCGAGGGUCGGCCGAGCCUGCUUUGGUCGCUGGACAAACUGCCGCUGCUUGUCUCUUGAUCACUAUUGAGAUUCUCGUCUGGUACUUCAUUGCUAAGUUUUUUGAAUUUAACCCAGCUAUACCAUUGCCACUGCCUAAAGAAGCUUUACCAAAACCUGCUAUUACUUACCCCCAACAAAGUUAAAUAAUUGUCUCAAGCCAUGUAUUCACUGAAUCCAUAAAAUAAUAAUUACAUGCUGAAAAUCAAUACUUC